AUAUCUCCGCCCUCCAAUGUUAUAGCUCCUGUGAGGACGCCUCUUUAAAUUGCCCUAAACUCCUUGAGACUGGCGCAUUUUCUUUAUCUUGGGGAAAGACAGACAGCUAUUUUUAGCACGCUUUGGAUCAGCACGUUCGCCUGCUUCAUUUUAAACAAGGAUUACACCUCAACAUGAGUGAUAAGGGCACCAUUUCAACAAAAGAGGGAGCAGAGAAGAGGGGACGUGGAAGGCCAAGGAAACAGCCACCGGUGAAAAGUGGUUCUGAUGAGCCCAGUGGGUCCCCUACCCCAAAGAGGCCCAGGGGAAGGCCAAAAGGCAGCAAGAACAAGACUGUCACCAAGGGCAAGAAGACACCAGCAGCCUCAACUGCAGGGAUGAAACGCAGGGGAAGACCUAAGAAGGAGUUCCAUAAUGUUUUGCAUGUUAUUAGCUACGUUUUCAAGAUAUUGGACUUUCAAGAAGCAAAGUUUCAUGUUCCACAUUAUGAUGCUGAAAAACACAUUAUUAUGAUGCUGCAAAAUGCAUCACCAUGGUGCUGCAAAACACAUCAACAUGGUGCUGUAAAACACAUAGUCAUGAUAAUGUGACAAAUGACACUUUGCUUCUUGAACAUCGUAAAAACUUGACUGCUGACUUGCAAAACAUUUUGGGACUGUAUCAACAGUGGACUAAUAGUUUUAGGUGGUUCCCCUCCACGUGCUCACUGCUGCCAGAAAUCCCAAAGGUUAGAAUGUUUAUGGCUAGUUCAUACAAACAAAAUGAUGUACAACGAACAAUCUAACUCGUCAUCUGUCCUGUUCCCUGGCGUGUCCUAAACAGACACAAUUUUGUAACCUAGCAAACACUUUCCAGGUGAACUCCAAACCCACCACCCCUGUGAUUGGUUGAAUUAAGUUGGGGGAGGGGUUUCAGUGGCUACUGCUUAUCUUCCACUGCUAUUCAGCCACCAACAAAAAAAACAUGGUGGCUAUUGUGUGCAAAUUAAAACAUUCAACUUAACCUUUUCGGGUGGCAAAAACCAGCUACCAGAUGUGAAGUCAACUACACCUGGACUAUAUUGCUUAAUUUGAAACAAUAAAUAUUCCAGACAACUUGCAUUGAAGAAACAUUCAGGAUGACUUUCUUGCAACAAACACAGAUAGUUCUGAUGAGGAAUUGACACAUUUUGACCUAAAGCUGACCUCUGGGACUCGUCUUCAUGCGAUUCUGAAGACAUAUAUGGACGAGGUAAGCAACGAUUGUUGAAUUCUCUAAACACAACACUAUGUCAAAUAAAACUAUUUAAGACUUACAUAUAUGACAAUAUAGUUUAGCUUGUUUUGAAGUAGUUGUGUUUCGCAUUAAGGGGAAUGUGUUCACUAGAUGUUUUGUGGUAUUGAAUUUGUUGUUGAUUAAACCUAAACCUAGCUGUCCCUAACUGUAGAUAACUAUCCUUUCAUGAUAACUCAUGUCAUAACUCUUUAUUUAUCUUUAAGGGGGAACAAACACUGGCGGGGACCUGGACUGAGGAGAAAUAUGAGUGUCGUCUUGCCAGCGCCAAAUGCAUGCUCUGUAUUUAUGUCAGGACAAAGAGCUGGAGCAAGAGGGAUGGAAGCUAGUAAAUAGUUCUUAUGCAAGGGAUAUGGUGGAAGCUAGGAUGCAACAAGUUUGUAUAUCUCCCGGGCUUGAUUGAGUGCCAGCGGAAAGAGCUCAAGGAACUCUUGGCAAGCCUGCACUGGACUGAGAGACUUAUUAAGGCGUGCUAUGCAUCACUAUGUACAGUUGAAGUCGGAAGUUUACAUACACUUAGGUUGGAGUCAUUCAAAUCGGUUUUUCAACCACUCCACACAUUUCUUGUUAACAAACUAUAGUUUUGGCAAGUCAGUCAAGACAUCUACCUUGUGCAUGACACAAGUAAUUGUUCCAACAAUUGUUUACAGACAGAUUAUUUCACUUAUAAUUCACUGUAUCACAAUACCAGUGGGUCAGAAGUUUACAUACACUGUGCCUAUAAACAGCUCGGAAAAUUCCAGAAAAUGAUGUCAUGGCUUAAGAAGCUUCGGAUAGGAUAAUUGACAUUAUUUGAGUCAAUUGGAGGUGUACCUAUGGAUGUAUUUCAAGGCCUACCUUCAAGUGCCUCUUUGAUUGACAUCAUGGGGACAUCAAAGAAAUCAGCCAAGACCUCAGAAAAUAAUUUGUAGACCUCCACAAGUCUGGUUCAUCCUUGGGAGCAAUUUCCAAAUGCCUGAAGGUACCACGCUCAUCUGUGCAAACAAUAGUAUAGUGCAUCAAUCCCAGCAAAGGACCUUGUGAAGAUGCUGGGGGAAAUAGGUACACAAGUAUCUAUACCCACAGUAAAACAAGUCCUAUAUUUACACAACCUGAGGCCAUUCAGCAAGGAAGAAACUUCUGACCCACUGGGAAUGUGAUGAAAUAAAUAAAAGCUGAAAUAAAUCAUUCUCUCUACUAUUAUUCUGACAUUUCACAUUCUUAAAAUAAAGUGGUGAUCUUAACUGGACUAAAACAGGGAAUUUUUACUAGAAUUAAACGUCAGGAAUUAUGAAAACUGAGUUUAAAUGUAUUUGGUUAAGGUGUAUGUAAACUUUCGACUUGAACUGUAUGUUCUGUUAUAGAGCUAUUGAACUGUCAAAGUUGAAAACUUUGUCAGACAUUGUAUUUACAGAGAAAGAAAAUGUGUCUUUGUCUUACAGACAUGCUUUUAUUGAGUCGAUGGUGCACUAGAGUGAACCACUGUUACUUGUCUGAAACACAGAUCAGUUGGUCUUUCAUUUUACUUCAUUCAUAUUGUAUCUGCUUCGUAUUAUGUAUAUACUAUUUUCUACAUAUUUACAUAUCCAACCUUUUGUUGUCAUUACUAUUUUUUUUUUGCACAAUUGUAUGUUAAGUUAAUUGUGAAUAAAACAUGCACUGAAAAUGUUUGUCUUGAGUGAGUCUUUGACCCAAUUAGGUGUAGUUGACUCCUUAUAGAUACUGUUGUUUGUAUUGCAAAUCAGUUAUUGUAGUUGAAAGAUUGAUGCACUGUCUGCUGGUGACUUAGAGUAUAUUUAAUCCAAUUCCGUUUUGUUGUUGGUGUGAACCAGGAGAAACAUGGGUUAACC